UUAACUCGACCUCUGUACUUUCCGGUCCCCCAUAAUGUUGUCUUCGAUCAAAGUAGCCGGCAGAUUUCGCCGCAUUUUACCAAUAUUUCGGCAUGUGCAAGUACACCGGCCUGCCCAAGCCGCAAGUAUUUCCUGUUCAGGUCCUAGGAACCAAGCUGUAUUUGACAGACAUGGAGCACAGCAGUUUAACAGAUUGCGAACUUUGAGCAAGAAUGCACCUUGCAUCUUGUCCAGUAGCAACACGUUCAGAGGUCUACAAACUUCAAGCAUUUGCUAUGAUGAGAUCCACACUGUGCAAACACCACCCUUUGCAGAGUCUGUGUCAGAAGGUGAUGUCAGGUGGGAAAAGGCUGUUGGUGAUUUUGUCAAGGAGGAUGAAGUAGUGGGAGAGAUUGAAACAGACAAGACAUCAAUACCGGUGCCAUCUCCUGUCACUGGUAUGAUCACAGAAUUCCUGGCGGGUGAUGGAGACACUGUUGUAGCAGGCCAAGAACUAUUCCGAGUCAAGGUGACAGAUGAGGUGCCCCUAAAACCAGCAGAGCCACCAAAGGCACCCACACCAGCCAGUGAAGCCCCAACACCACCUCCACCAGCUCCAGCCUCUCCCCCACCCCCUCCUCCACCCCCUCCCCCACCCCCAGUGCAGCCUAUAGCAGUGGCAGGGAGUAUACCCACAACUCCACCACCGGUGCCUCCCAUGCCAACUGCUCCAAUGACCUCCAAACCAGCUGCAUCGGUGACACCCAUUGUUGCCCAAAGCCCAGUGGGCCAACCUGGCUUACCAACCAGAACAGAACAGAGGGUGAAAAUGUCUCGGAUGCGACAGAGGAUAGCUCAGAGGCUGAAGGACGCCCAGAACACAGCUGCCAUGCUGACUACAUUCAAUGAAAUAGACAUGAGCAACAUCAUAGAGAUGCGCAAACAGCAUAGGGAAGAAUUCCUGAAGAAGCACAACAUCAAACUCGGAUUUAUGUCAGCAUUUAUCAAGGCAUCAGCACAUGCUCUGACUAAUAUGCCAGAGGUCAAUGCAGUAAUUGAUGAUACUGACAUUGUGUAUCGAGAUUACAUUGAUAUCAGUGUGGCUGUUGCAACACCAAAGGGGCUUGUGGUUCCGGUGCUACGCGAUGUUGGUGGCAUGAACUACGCUGACAUUGAGAAAGCUUUGAAUGAACUUGGUGAAAAGGCUCGAACAGGUGCCCUAGCUGUUGAAGACAUGGACGGAGGGACCUUUACCAUCAGUAAUGGUGGUGUGUUUGGCUCCAUGUUUGGCACCCCUAUCAUCAAUCCUCCGCAGUCAGCAAUCUUAGGGAUGCACGCUACUGUAGAUAGGCCAGUUGCAAUCAAUGGGAAGGUGGAAAUUCGACCCAUGAUGUAUGUGGCCCUAACCUAUGACCACAGACUAAUUGACGGCAGAGAGGCAGUGACCUUCCUGAAGAAGAUCAAGUCAGCUGUGGAAGACCCCCGAAUCCUCCUUCUUGACCUCUAGGGGAGAAGCACCAACACCUUGGGGAAUUUCCACAAUCUUUACUUCAUCUCUGUCUUAGGCUUUAGGUGUCAGUUUCCUGGAUCCAGCAUGCAGAUCUGAGAUCCCUCAGGUCAACGCAGUUCCACUUUCCACCACAGAAACAUCAAACUUUGUCCUACGAAACCAAAUUUUGUAGUGUUUUCAGUUGGCUACAUCAAGUAAAUGUUGGAAAUGUGGCCCUGGAUUUUGAGAUGACACAGAAGCCUGAGACAAAGCCAGAAUUUGAAAACAAAAAUAGCCCUAGUUAGUCACAGUCCAUAGCUAGUUAUUGAGUAGUGCUGACCACCGGCUCUCCCCCACAACUCCCCUUGGCCCAGUUUUACAGAGCUUCAGGAGAAGCACAACGAGGCAAACUUGCAUGCAGUGCAAAGAAUCAGUUCAUGUCCUAGGCCUCACUGUUCAGCGAGACAUUUCUGUGCUUAGCAAAACUCUAUUCGUCAUUGCUCCGUGGAAAUUUUUCCUCAAUUCGUCUCAGGCUCUGGGUGGGAAGCAGGAGGAUGCCAAUAUAUAUGUUAUCAGUAUUUAUCUCGCACUAGCAUUUAGGCAAACAUGUUGCAAAGGUAGCAAAAGUUACUACUUGACAUUUAGACUCACUUCAUUGCCAACAGUCUUGAGUAUCUGGAAUAAGUCUGUAGAUCCAGUUUGAAUGUUUAGGGCCUUAUAUAUAGGAGGAAUUCAGCCUGUCUUGAUACUCUUAAGAUUUAUGGAUCUCCAUUCUUUUUCUAUUUAUUUGUAGUGGUGGAGAUUUGUAAUUUCACAUUGAAUCAUCUUUUGUUCCGUUUUAUUUGAUGGUUUCUAUGCAGAGAAAAAUGAUUAGACAAUCAGGGAUCUUGUUCCCAAAUAAUAUUUCUGAAAAUCCCGAAACAUUCUACAUUUCCUGGAACCAACCACCCACCUAUCCUUGAGUGGAUUAUUUAGAUGACAUUUAGUUAAACUAGACAGAACCUGCAUGAUAGUGUGCUCUGUUUAUGAACCACAUGCUUGCAUUUAUUCCCAUGUGAAGCACGGAGCCAUUCCACUUCACACUGUACAAAACAAUUAUUUCUUCAAAACGGAAGGGUUUCUUGUCUGACUUAGCGCUGAUCAGUUUUGUCAUCUUCACACAGAAACAGUAUACAUUUUUUUUUCUGAAAUUUGUGCAGACCACAUUAUGGCACACACUGUUUGUACACAAAUUUACAUUUUGCGUCAUCACAAACAACAUGUGCACAAUUGUCAGUUUUUUCUCCAAUUCUGUCCUCUGUGGCACGUUCCUGUGCUUAGUAUGUAGAAGAGUGUUACAUCACUGAAACAAUCCACUCUUAUCAGAAGCGCCUACUUUCUUUGGAAACAAAUUUCGUGGCAGGUUUAUCUAUUAAAAAAAAUGGAGAGGAAAAUUCAAGGAAAUAACAACUUAGACGAAGUGGUCGAAGGGCAAGCGAAGUGAGAUUUAUCUGUGGUUAUUCUGAAGUGUACCAUUGCAGUUGUUCUGAUGCAUGGAGUCUAUAGAUUUUCAAAAUGAGUGUGAUUGAGAUAAAUUCGUGUCAUGAAACUGAUUCUAAGCCUGAGUGUAUUUGGGGAACUUUCUGGGGGGAGGGGGACCAGAUCUUUUACAGAAACUGUCCACACCUGCAAUAUGAUAUGUGUUUUUUUUCUUGGGAUGAGUUAUGCAGUGUUAGGUAUGUCUUCUUUCGUUUUUACUAUGAAUAUUUAGUGAAACUGAGGGUGCAAAUAGACAGAGGCCUAUGAGGAUUUUGGUGUGAGCCAGUUUGCCCAAACUGAGAAUGGCCAUGAAAAUGUCACCAGUUUCGCAUGAAUAAUGUUUGCCAUGCAAGGCUGACAAUGGGAUUGAUUAGUUACUACCUUAGCAUGACUGAGCUGUUGUCCAAACGUUUCCCAGUUUUAAUUCCUUGCAAAUUCAAUCCACUUGAGAUAUUGUAUAUUUUUGGAUGGGGAAAUUCCACCCAAAGUGUUGUUUUGGGGAUAUGAGCUGUGUAGACCUUUUGACUAGUGAUAUAUAAACGGUCUUAGAAUAUUUCCCAUAAUGCUUUGAGCUUCUUCUUUGUUAUCCUCCACAACUGUAUCAGGUUUUGGGUGUGGUAUUGGCUUAUUUGAAAAUUGAAGAGGGAAACAUUUAUUAAUUAUCCAAAAGCCUUUUCAAUGGAGGGAUGGCAAAUUUUAGAAUUAGAAUGGAAAUAUUACUGCACAUUUUUCAUCACUAUUGGGGGGGUGUGCUUUCCAGUACCACCCACCCCUUUGAUGUGCCAUUGCUAUUCAUUCGCUUGAUGUCCAGGGUAUAUAAGAUGACAAAGUAAGGUCUAUUUGAAAAAUAAGUGUUGUGGCAUUGGAGAACCUCAAUUAUCAACUUAAUGGCUGGGGAAGUAAUUGACACCUUGUUUCUGGCAGCUACCUUUAUUUCUCUCAUAAUCACUAUUAAAACGUACUACCUAAAGUGAAGUGCAUUCUAGCUUUUCCUUUUUUCAGCCCAUUUUGCUGCCUUGUUUUAAGGUACCAGACCAUUUAUUCUGUCCAUACUUUAAAGAAAUUUCUGUUGAUAACUGCCUCAAAGGGUGGAAAUGGAAUGAAAUGCUUCUGGUUAACUGGACUGUCAUGAAAUGUUGCUGCAAACUUUUUCAAAUGAGUUGAAAAGGUGUUUAUGUUUUAUUGUAAUUUUUUCCCAAAAGGCUGAUAUGUUAUAUGUUCUGAGCCACAGUGGACAAUUUUUGCUUGAUAGUAGACUUCAUUGCUGAUUGUGCAAUGUACUAUGCGCAGGAAAAAAUCCAAGGACCUUAGCAAAUUCAUUACGAAGGUGAAUAUGUUGUCCUUGAAGUAGCUCAUAUUUUCCACAUUAGUCAUUUUGACGUGAAGUUUCAGAAUUGACAUAAAUGUUUGGUUUGCUCAGAAAUAGGAUUUGAAAAUAAAUCAGAUUUUAAAAAAUCAGGGUUUUAUAUGAAAGCCAAUGGUAUCCUUAUUUCCUGAAGGGUGUUUGAAAAUACUGUUUUUCAUUGAGAGCUCUGUUACUUUUGCCGUGAUGUAUAAAAAGAAACACCAGUUGACAAAGUUUA